CUUUUAUUAUGAACCCUAUUUGAAAAUUGAUGUACUAAAGAAUGGUUAAUCUUAGUAAACCGGAUCACCCAAUUUUGGUAUUCGCAUAUGAUCCAAGAUAUGGAUGAACCGAAGAAAACGAAUACUUAGAAUUUAUCGCUUUUUUUCAAAUUAUUUAAUCCGGUGGACGAGAGGUCGUCGUCACGUCCAACGACACACACUAACGGUUACCAGUACCAUCAAUGGCUAUAUAUGUCGCAACGGAGUUAUGGCGGAAAAGCUUAUGCAUGCGGUUCAGUGCGAUUCUUAUGGAGGAGGUGCUGCUGGUCUUAAGCAUGUUGAAGUUCCUAUUCCUAAGGCAAGUAAAGGUGAACUUCUGUUAAAACUGGAGGCAACUAGCCUAAAUCCAGUCGAUUGGAAGAUACAAAAAGGCAUGUUACGCCCCCUUUUACCACUCAAAUUCCCUUGGAUACCAGCUACUGAUGUAGCAGGAGAAGUAUUAGACGUUGGACCUGGAGUAAAAAACUUCAAAAUUGGUGAUAAAGUUGUCUCCAUGCUCAACACUUUUAAAGGUGGAGGACUGUCGGAAUAUGCAGUGAGUAGCGAAAAACUGACAGUUUCUAGACCGCCGGAGGUAUCGGCGGCAGAAGGUGCCGGGCUACCUGUCGCCGGACUAACCGCCCUCCAAGCCCUCACCUAUCACGGCGGUAUCACCCUCGACAAAACCAUCCCCAGCCCCGCCACCAACAUCCUCAUCACCGCCGCGUCAGGCGGCGUAGGCCAAUACGCCGUCCAGCUCGCAAAGUUAGGAAACGUCCACGUCACCGCCACAUGUGGGGCCCGCAACAUAGACCUUGUGAAAUCCCUAGGUGCUGAUGAGGUUCUCGACUACAAAACCCCAGAAGGGGCGAUACUCAAAAGCCCUUCGGAUAAGAAAUAUGACGUGGUGAUCCACUGUGCCACACCUAUUCCAUGGUCUACUUUUGAGCCCAAUCUUGGCCCAAAAGGGAAGGUGAUAGACAUAACACCUGGCAUGAGUGCAAUUUGGACUUCUUUUGUGAAGAAAGUGACGUGUUCAAAAAAACAGUUGGUGCCGAUUCUUUUGUAUCCCAAGGCAAAGAACUUGGAGUACUUGGUUGGGUUGGUGAAGGAAGGGAAGGUUAAAACGGUCAUUGACUCAAAACACCCUUUGAAAAAGGCUGAAGAGGCUUGGGCUAAAAGCAUCGAUGGACAUGCUACUGGUAAAAUUAUCGUUGAGCCAUAAGAGAUAUCAUAUCAUAUGAUUUGUAUAUUGUUAAAUGAUGGUAACUUUUGAUUUGAUUAUCGUGUUCAUAUCUAGAGUAAAUAUGGACUUAUAUUCGAUGAGUAAGCUGUAAGCCAUCUAUCUCAUUAUAGGUAAAUGAUGAAUCAUGGAUUAACUUUGUUGGUAACUGAUUUUACAUUUGGUUUAUAUUUGUAGGUGGUUUUACAUGUGAGAUACCACUCAUUUGUUGGUUCUAUAUUAUAAUAAAUAAAAAAAAAAAU